AUGGUAUCACCGGUCGAGGAUUUCAGCAAGCUGUUAGAUGUCAUUGUUGUUGGAUCCGGGGUUGCUGGUGUCUCGGCGGCCAUCGAGGCAGCAGCCAGAGGGUUAGAGGUGGUGGUUCUUGAAGCUGAAAGCACUCUAGGUGGGGCUUCUAUCAUCAGCGGAGGAGCUUGCUGUUUUGUUGGCACCUCGCUACAACAGGAACACAAAGUCCUAGAUUCCGUCGAGCUGGCACUUGCAGACUGGAUCAAGUUUGGUGGCCCGACCGCGGACGUGGCAUGGGCACGCAAAUACCUCGAAAACAGCCGCGUCGACGUGUGCGAAUGGCUAGAGGACAUGGGUGUCCGCUGGGCAACUCUGAUGCAGCCUGAAGGCAACAGCGUGCCACGAUGGCAUCUCCCUGAGGGUUGGGGUCAGGCAAUCAUGUCGAGAUUGAUCGAGAAGGCAAGGACUCUAGGCGUCAGUUUCAAGACCCACGCUUGCGUGGAACGACUUAUCAUUGAAAACGAGAACGUGAAGGGGGUCGACGUUGUUUUCCGCGAUGCUGUGCACACGCUCCUCGCGGCAAAUGUCAUUAUAAGCACAGGAGGCUUCUCUGGGAACAUCGACAAAGUCAUGGAUUGGGCACCCUACUUGCGCAAUUUCUCACGGGUUCUCAGCGGAGGCUCAGUCACAGCUAAAGGGUUAGGGCAUGAUAUGCUCCUCAGAGAUACUGGAGCCGAUCUUAUUUGCUUGGACCAUAUCUGGGUGUAUCCUGCAGGUACACCAGACCCCACCGAUCCUGAAGGCAAAAGAGGCUUGGGAGUGCGAGCCUUUCGCAGGGAGAUUUGGCUGAACAGCGAAGGGAGGCGAUUCCACAACGAACAACUCAAGGGUCCUCACUCUGGAACCCCAGCUCUAUCAUCCCAGCCCGGUCAGACAUUUUGGGCGGUCUUCCCUCAGUCUGACAUUGACGACCUAGAAAUAAUCAACAAUCCUGACUUCUUCCCACCUCCGCCUGCUGGGCACACUCCCGCAGCGGUAAAGAAUUUCUGGAAGGACUCAGCACAUGCCUGGCUAGCCAAGGAUAUCAAUGAGUUGUCCCAGGCCAUUGGGCUUCCUAGCAAUAAUGUGCGCCAAACCAUUGAUGCGUUCAAUGCCGAUAUCAUUGCAGGUCUGUCGCAUGACUCACAGUUUGGCCGCCCUCUUGCUGGUCAUGUGCCUUUGACCAAAGAUCUUGCAGCUAUCCAGCUUUUUCCGAUGGCCCAAAAGACCUUUGGUGGUGUUCGCACGGAUCUGGAGUGCCGAGUGCUGAAUCGGUCGACGAAUAGGCCCAUAUCUGGACUAUACGCUGCAGGAGAAGUAGCAGGGAUGGCCGGAGGGUGUAUCAACGGACGCUCUGCGCUCGAGGGAACAAUGUAUGGGCCCUGCAUCUACUCGGGGCGAGUCGCCGGAAGGGCUGUAGGUCGAAGACACGACAUCCUUGAUUCGGGAUCGAGGAAGGCCCUAGUGAGCAAAUAG